ACAUAGCAAGUAUGAUACACUGGUCCACCUAGUAUGAUGGAAGAAUUUGGAUCAUAAUAAGAAUCAUAACAAUCUUACCACCUGUAAACUUUCUUUCUCCAUUUGGGUAAAGGAAGGAUUGAGCUGCUGUUAUUGACUUAUUUCUCGAAGAUGUAUCAGCAUUUUGCGUUGAUGUAGAUGUGUGUGCCGAUGUUUGCAAUUAAAGAAGAAACUGUUGGCCCUACCUUAGUAGCUGACAAAAUCACCCCAAAAAGGGGUUUAAGGGUUCCUAAAAUGGGAAGCAUAAAUAUAUGGAUUUGUUGUACUUAUUUUGGAACUCUCUCUCUCUCUCUCUCUCUCCUGGUUGUGCAUUGGUUUUCUUCGCUUGAUUGUUAUAAAGUUCCACCCACACCUGCAAAAGGAGAAUCUCUCAGGCAAACUAUCUUGACCUAAUAAUGGAGCUGAUAGCAAUUACUGCACUAUGUAUUAGUCUCUCAUUUUUGCUGACACCCUGUGCCUCUCGACAAAUCCAGGUGCAACCAUCCCAUGACCAAGCCUUAAAUCUCCGGGUUGGUUUUCUGAUUCCGCCAAGGAAGCUCAGACUUAUUGAGGAAGCAGCAACUUUUCAUGCAAACCAGACAAAAGUUGAUGGAGGCAAAGAGUUGCUAUCCUGUGGUGCUUCAGCAGGUAAACAUCAUAAAAAAGCAGGAACGACGCGUGCAAGAGGAGGAACAAGACAAGAACCGGCGGAAGGCGGGACCGAAGCAUCGCAACUUUUUACGAUGGAUUAUUCUCACGUAAGAAGACGACGUCCAGUAAACAACAAGUCCUUGCCCGUCAGUCCAUGAAACAUGGGGGAAUUAAUCCAGAUUUCAUUUCCUGAGUAUACAAAACAAAAUUUCUUAGUACAAUUGUCGGGGAAAACAAUUGGUGCUUUUGUUUGGGAAAUGAGGAAAGUGUCGUUUUUAAGCUCAGUGGUGGCCGACAUCUUGGAGCAGAACUCCCAAAAUUUGUUGCUAACUAGGGACCCUACGUACGUACGCUUUUGAGGUUGAUCUCUUUGUUUUGUGAACAUUCUGGAACUUUCACUACUCGAAUCCUGGCCCGUUGGACUACUCGAUUAACCCGGCCCUAAGAAGCCCAAAGAUUUUACAUAAGUGUACCAUAGUUUGUUGUGCUCAA